UGCUGGAGCCUGACAAACGGGAGGCUGUCCAUUUCCGAUACUGCCAUUAGCUAGCAGAAGGGACCGGAGGAGUCGGCUCGAGUAGGCUAGGGUAUUUUGUGGGGAAAAGGGGCACGUCGGGUAUUUUGUUUCGAUUUUCCGUCUGUCUGAUAAUCCAAGUACAUGUCUCGGAAGUAAUUCGAGGAGAGGGGGGGACCCUGAAGCUGGCAGUUGAGUUGGUUCCACCAUAAAGUAUUCCUGUUCUGCAGCUGGAAUAAAAGAUGAGCAAUGGAAUGGUAGUGCCUGCAACAAGUUCCCACGUCCAUGCCGGACCCAUCAACAGACCACUCUGGUCUCUGCUAAUCCUACUGGCCAUUACCGCUGUUGGUCGCGGUUCAGAAUGUCCAAGGCCUCCUAGCAUCCUCCACAGCUCGGUGAACCUGACAGAGACCAACCGGGGCUUCCUCCCCCUGGGCACGGUGCUACAAUAUGGCUGUGACCAGGGCUACGCUGUGGAUGGGCCCACGGUUAUCUCCUGCAUGUCCUCGGGCCGUUGGUCCUCUGAACCACCCCGCUGCGUACGAACGGACGUUUGCUGGCCACCCUUCAAGCCCAAGGAUGGGGGCUACAUUUGCCACCCAUCACCAUGCCACCGGCUGACCCAGGGCACCGUGAUCGAGUACUUCUGCAACGAGGGUUACAUGCUGAAGGGGGACUACAAAUACCUCACCUGCCAGAAUGGGGAGUGGGACUCCCCAAUGCAGAUCAGCUGUCGCCCAGUCACAGACCAAGAAUGUCAAAAGCCCCCCAGUGUUCUGCACAGCUGGGUGAACCUGACAGAGACCAACCGGGGCUCCUUCCCCCUGGGCACGGUGCUACAAUAUGGCUGUAACCAGGGCUACGCUGUGGAUGGGCCCACGGUCAUCACCUGCAUGUCCUCGGGCCUUUGGUCCCCGGAACCUCCCAGCUGCGUGCGCUCAGAUGUGUGCCGGCCGCCUUUCGAGCCUGAGAAUGGGGGCUAUAUGUGUCACCCAUCACCAUGCCACCGGCUGACCCAGGGCACCGUGAUCGAGUACUUCUGCGAUGAGGACUAUGCACUGAAGGGGGACUACAAAUACCUCACCUGCCAGAAUGGGGAGUGGGACUCCCCCAUGCAGAUCAGCUGUCAUCUUAGUCAAGACAAGGGUGUGCCCUCUCCCCUGGGCAUGCCCACCCUCUCCAUCGUAGCCUCCACCGCCAGCUCUGUGGCCCUCAUCCUCCUGCUGGUGGUGUUGUUUGUCCUGCUGCAGCCCAAACUGAAGUCUUUCCACCACAGCCGCCGGGAGCAGGGUGUGUCCGGCCAGCCCGUGUCUAUCGUGGUGGAGGGAGUCCAGGUAUCCCUGCCCUCCUACGAGGAAGCGGUGUAUGGUAGCGCUGGCACUUCUGUGCCUCCCCCUGAGUCACGUGUGCAGAUCGUGCUGUCUGAGGGCCCUCAGGCAGCUGGGGGCCCUGCUCAGGGGGACAGGGAUGGGGCCACCGCCGCUGCCCAGGCUGAAUGCGACCUCCCCUCCACCUCCACCUCUUCCCGGCACUCCGAGAUGGUGCUGGUCCAUCAGGCGCCUUCAUCUUCAUCCUCCUCUUCCUCCGGCACCUCAUCAUCCUGGCCCCCAGGGCAGGCAUCACGGCCCCAGCGCCAGGACUCGGACAGCAGCGACCAGCACAGUCUGCUGUCCCUGGCCUCUGUGGAGGACUGUGCCGAUGAUAUUCCUCUACUGAAGGAAGCCUGAAGCCUUCGGCAGGACCCUCCUGGCUGCUACCCCCCCCCCCCCCCCCCCCACCCCCGCAGAUGCAGCCGCUCCGUGAAGCACGCAGCCAAGCUGGCAGUUUGGGGACGACCUGCCCUGCCUCCCCCCCAAAGGGGAAAAAAAAUAAACAAACAUUAUCGCCCCUAUAGCAGACAGGCAUUUAGUGGUCUUGCAUCAUAAAGUAUGUAAUAUAUAUAUAAAAAAAAUAUAUAUAUACACGCACACAGAUGCAUUGUAUAUACUUUCAUUUGCAUUUUGUAUGGUUUCUUGCAGUAUGUCUUCACAUUUUUAGGGGGCUCUCUGCUAUCCUCAGGCAAAGACCACAAAGGACGCAAAAAAACAGCACUGAUGCUAAGCAUGUCCCCAAACCCCCGCCGCCCCAUGCCACACAGCGAUGAAGCCACAAUCUUCCAGGCGAGAGAAUGCAAGGUUGCAUUUAAGGUGUGAUCUAUAUCUGAAAUAUUGGAAGCCGCCCCCCCUUUUCUGUGUCUGUUGGCUAGCUGGUAAUCUAUAUCGUCUUUGCCCCCUGCCACACACUCUUGGGGCAUGCGCACACGUGCCUCCCUCGUCUGUGACACGCCUGAGCCUCCCCACUGUGAUGAAAGAUGCAUAAGACCCAGCAGGCGUACCUCCAGCUGCUGCAGUCAGGCAGGGGGAACAGAGGCGGGCAGACACAGCUGUGAGACGUCACGCUUGGGGAGCUGACCCUUUCUAACAGGCCGUGUCCAUUUACGGCAAGAUGCGUCGUCCCCAUGACUCUUCCUCGGCCUAGUGCUGCCGGCCAGGCUGGUUGCUACGGCUCUUUCUGGGUGGUGUGGUGAGCAGCACCUACGUGUGCGUGUCAGUCUUUAAAUGUUAUCGCUGUUCUAUACCACCAAGGAGGUAGGCCCCUCUGGCCGCAGUUAGAAUCUGAAGAACUGCAGCCAGUCAGUCAAUGUUUGUCCUAAAAGAAACUAGUCUGAAAAACAAUUCUGUCCCUUGAUCCAGUGGCUUCAUCACUCUGUUUGGUCUCAUUCGGGAUUUUAACUCUACGCGGCUGCUGUCCAUCCCUAAUGACAGGGAGGGGUGCUGUCUGAGGGGGUCAUUCUUAGUGUGUCUUGUUUUUUUCCUCUAAAAAUCCUUUAAAUCCAAGCAAUUGUCUGAUCAAAACAUUUUUCUGCAUCUUCAGCUAUGCAGAUGAUUACAAAGCAGUCCUGUAGUGUUGGGUAUAUUAGGUCAUUAUUUGGCCUGGUUUCUUGAGAAGUGAUAUCUUUACUAUUUCACAUUGUGUCUGCAUAGAAAUUAGAGAAUCGGAUUCGGAUACAGAAACGGGUUCUCUUUCAUGCUUCCCUCUGGAAAUACAACACCGGCAAGUCAUCAGUACUUCCUUAUUGUCAAGAUUUUUCUGUCUGUAUAUCCGGUGUGUUUUCAGUCCAGUUGCAAACCAUUUUUAUGUUAAAGUGGUUUGCAAACUCCAAACUGGAAAAAAGAUUCAUUCCCCCCUCCUGCGAGCUAACUGGGUUUCAGGGAUAUCUGUCCUGCAUUCUCUGGUUCCUUAGGCGUGGGACUUCACUAAGGGAGUUCAGCAGAUCGGAGUGUGCUUCUGUCAGUCUUUAUUUGUAUUUGUUCACUUGCAUGUGGCACAGUGAUUUGCUUUAUUAUUUUCUGUUUUAUACAUUAAUCUUGUGUUGGCAUUACAGCUUCUUGGAUGGUCUUACGAAAUGCAGGCAGGAACACAGCACCAAUGACUCCUAAUGGCCUUAUUCUUUGUUUUAAAUGGAUGCACAUUUUAGUUUAACUAUAUUUUCAUUCUGAAAACAGAUGGACAUGAGUAUAAAAUGUCUGCUAUUUCCCAAAGCUUUUUGAAAUGACAAUGGUGAGAAGCCUCUCUGGAGAUUUUAGCCUGAGCACCUAAAGAUAUUAUUUGUAUUUAUUUUUUGAUUUAUUUUAAAAUUAUUUGGGGAGGGGGGGUUGCUUGAUCAUAUACACAUCCAUAGUGCUGUUGUAUGGCACCACUUCCACUUGUUUUCCUAAAAAAAAAAAAAGAAGAAAAUGCGCCAAGGCAGAACCGUUUGGUUAUUCUUUUCUCCAGUCUUUGUACCACUGAUAGACAGACCUGGACUUGGUACUUGUAAGAAUUCAAAGCAAUGAUUUAAUGACUAAAUAGGAGCUGGGCAAAAAAUACUUUGUACAGAUUGUUAAUAUUUUCUUUUGUUCUUUCAGUUUUAGACUUCCAAACUGUACAUUGCAAAUGGUUGUGAAGAUAGUAUUUUAAUAUUUGUAUAAAGUUUAAUUUAAUUAUAUGCUGUAUAUAUCUAUUUCUAAUUAAAGUUUUCUUUUGAAGUGUGAAAA